CACAUCUAUCGGUGGGCAGUCGUCAGACAGUCGUUUCGAGUCAUUUUCGGGAUAAACAGCUCUUUCGAAAAAUCACAACUCUGAUAUUUUAACACAAAAUAGUUAAAUGGCUAUGGCGUCGAAAAGUCGCAGAGUUCUAAUCACCACCGAGCGUCAGGAAAAUGCGAAAAUGGCAAAAUCCAAGCCUAUGGGAAGCAUACCAUCGCAAAGGGAGCCAUUGGGUGAACUUGGGAAUAAUGUCAACACAGUGCGAGGUACCACCUUGGUCAGCAAAGUGAGCCCUCGAGUUGGUGCGUUGAGGAAGCCUGGAGUUUACCCAGUGCUUUCAAAGCCAAUCGAUAAGCCAAAUAUCGUCGCACAAACUGUGUCUGAACCUCCUGUGGCAAUUUCUACCAAACCUGUAAUAAUAAAGCCAGCCCAUGUUCCUGUAUGUGCGGAACAAGUUAUACUUGGAUCUGUCAAAAUUGAUGACUCGGAAACUGUGUCGUUUUCAUCUGACCUUUUGGUGGAAGAUAUUGAUUAUGAGGACGGAGAUAAUCCACUACUUGUAUCCAUUUAUACAAACGACAUAUACGCUCAUCUUAGGAAACUUGAAAGAGAAACGUCUAUAAACAAAAAUUUCCUAGAGGGACAUCGUAUUACCCCUAACAUGCGAAGUGUCCUGAUAAAUUGGCUUGUAGAAGUUCAUCAGCAGUUUCAUCUCACUCAAGAAACGCUUUAUGUAACAGCUGGGGUCAUUGACAGAUUUUUACAGUCUUGCAGUUCCAUUGAUAAAAAACGGCUUCAGCUGGUUGGUGUAACGGCGAUGGUUAUAGCAUGUAAAUACGAAGAAAUAUGCAUCCCGGAAAUUAAAGAUUUUGUUUACAUGACGGAUAAUGCAUAUACGGUUGCUGAAAUACUACAGAUGGAAAAAAACAUAUUGCGGAUUCUUAAUUUUGCACUCGGCCGACCAUUGCCUCUCCAAUUUCUCAGGCGUUACAGCAAAGCAGGAAAGGCUCUAGGCACUCAUCAUACAAUGGCAAAAUAUUUCUUGGAACAGAGUUUGAUCCACUAUCAGAUGUGCCACAUUCCUCCAAGCCUCAUUGCAGCGGCAGCAUUGUAUUUAUCAUUCACUUUAUUUGGAAUUGGGAAUAAUGCUGAGGAAGUCAAAAAGUCGGUCUGGACGCCAACUUUGGCUCAUUAUACUACCUACCGUGAAGAUCAGGUGCUGCCAGUUGUUAGAGAAAUGGCCUCAAUGAUCAUAGCUGCCGAGACGAGUCGACAUCAAGCAGUGAGAAAUAAGUACAUGCUGCCCAAGCAUAUGAAGAUGAGUCUCCGGCCCGAGCUUAAAUCCGAGACGAUUCUGAAAUUAGCAGCAGAAGAGAGAAAAGACUAGUAAAAUGAACUAGUUUACAAAGUUGGAAUGUCGGAAAAAAAUUCUUAGAAUAAUUCUAGAUAAAGGAGAUGAGAAAGCUGGGUCCCGGGACCACCCCAAGAAAAACCGCAACUCGUUGAGCAGC